AAAUAUUUUGGCACAAAUAUUUACAGGGAGACAGACAGCACUUGACCUGUUUUGACCUGAGAACGGGUCACAGGUAUCAGGUAACUAAACAAAGGUUCGGUUAGAUAUAUAAUAGCCACUGGUAGGGAAGGGAGGAUAUCACUCGGCGACGAGAAGUAACAGAGAAAGGAACUCCUUACUUUCACCCAGCUUAAAUCUAUAUCUGUUAAUUGAACCAUGGAGCACGAGAAAUUCCUGAAGCCCACUGUCACCUAUCACCUGUUCCUGUACCGCGUCGAACUGGCCCGCCGGAAUGCCCGGCAGCUGCGGCUUUCCCGCACCAAGAUCGAGAUCACGGACGAGCUUAUCUCCAAUACGGUGCGCAACCUGAAGACGUGCAGCAUGGACGACCUGAAGGCGGUCAACCGGGAGCUUCUGUUCAAGCGGAAACUGCGGAGCAACGUGUCCAAGCUGAGAAAGGAGGCCAAACGGCAGCAGAAGAGCGAGGAGAAGCCACCAAAACAGGAUUAGUGGCGAAUCAAUCAGACCGCUUUGAUUUAUUGUAUGUAGCUUGUGUAAAUAAAUACUAUUGAUAAGAUUUUUGCAUUGAAAACGCUUUUGAAACUUGUUCUUUUUAAUGGUACAACGGGGGAGAAAAAAAACUGGUAGCUGAUUCAGUCUGGCUGGGCUGAGAGCUUCUCGUUUGCAUUGAACCGUGGGUACACUGCAAAAAGCAUAUACAAAUGUUGGAAAUAAUUAUUUAAAUUGAAA